GUGCAGAGAGGAAGAGGAGGAAGAGGAGGAGGAGGAGGAGGAGGGCUGAGUGAGGCGGUGCGUGUCUUCAGUCCACGCCAGUCUUCCUCGCGGACCAUCUAAUCCUCGCAGCAGAAGACACACAAGGAUUCCUUUUUUCUUUCAUCCUCCGACACUGCUGCUCGUCCUCACCCCGCCUCCCUUUUUUUUUACCCUUUGUCCUCCUCCUUUGUCCCCCCCCCCCCCGUCCCCCCUCGUCCCGCCCCCGCCCCCUCCUCAGCCCCUGCAUCCACCUCAGCGAGAGAAGGCGCCCUCGUCAUCCUGCAGCCGGUGGCGGCUGCUGACCCGGACCAGCGUGCGGAGCUGACAAGUUGAUGCGGUGAAGAGUCCUGCUGGAGUCCACACAAGCAAAGGUCGCCAGCCAUGGGGAACCUCAUUAAGGUCCUUGGCAAGGACUUGGAGAACUGUCCUCAUUUUUUCCUGGACUUUGAAAAUGCCCAGCCCACCGAGGCGGAGACGGCCGUGUGGAACCAGGUGAGCGCCGUGCUGGAGGAGGCUCACGGGAUUCUGGCCGAGCUGCAGUCCUACAACGGUGCCGGGCAGGAGAUACGAGAAGCCAUCCAGAACCCAGGUGAGCUGGCUCUGCAGGAGAAGGCCUGGAACGCCGUCUGCCCCCUGGUGGCCAAGCUCAAGCGCUUCUAUGAGUUCUCCCUGCGACUGGAGAACGCCCUGCGCAGCCUGCUGGAGGCGCUGACCAGCCCCCCCUACGCCCCCAUGCAGCACCUGGAGCGAGAGCAGGCCCUGGCCAAGCAGUUUGCUGAGAUCCUGCACUUCACGCUCAGCUUUGACGAACUCAAGAUGACCAAUCCUGCCAUCCAGAACGACUUCAGCUACUACAGAAGGACCAUCAGCAGGAACCGCCUCAACAACCAGCAGCUGGAAGCAGAAAACGAGGUCAACAACGAGAUGGCCAAUCGCAUGUCGCUGUUCUACGCUGAGGCCACGCCCAUGUUGAAGACCCUCAGCAACGCCACCACCAAGUUUGUGUCAGAGAACAAGACGCUGCCCAUCGAGGACACCACAGACUGCCUGAGCACCAUGGCGUGUGUGUGCCGCGUCAUGCUGGAGACUCCGGAGUACAGAUGUCGCUUCACCAACACGGACACCAUGUUGUUCUGCAUGAGGGUGAUGGUGGGCGUCAUCAUCCUCUACGACCACGUCCACCCGGUCGGGGCCUUCGCCAAGACCUCCAAAAUCGACAUGAAGGGCUGCAUCAAGGUGCUGAAGGAGCAACCAUCCAACAGUGUGGAAGGACUUCUCAACGCUCUGAGGUACACCACACGACAUCUAAAUGAUGACAGCACCUCCAAACAGAUCCGGGCGCUGCUGCAAUGAGGAGAAGAAGGAGAAGAAGAAGAAACACUGCGGUUUGUUUACAAAAUACGUGACCAUUGUACCCAGAGGAAAAAUAAUUCUAUUUAUUGUCAGCCGUCCAACAUUCUCUUGUCUCUUGUUUUGUAAAGUAAGAAAAUAGACGCCAGAAAAUAAAGAUAUAUAUCAAACAAACUAAAGGUGAAAAUAAAUAGACAAGUAAGAGGAGGCUUUAAUAUUAGGCUGGAAUUGAAGCCAAGUCCUUUAUCUGCACUGACUCCUGUACACUGUAAAAAAUAUCUAUAGAUUUUACAGUAAAAAAAAAAAAAAAAAGGAUUUCACGGUAAAAUCCACACAGUGUUUUUGGAGUGGUUUGAAAAAUGGUACAACUUUUAUUUCUACGCCAAAUUUUGGAGUAUGAAGUGACAUUUUAGUAGCGUAAAAUCCACAGUCCUUUUUACGGUGUGUUAAUGUGAAACGAAAACCAGUACCCUUUUUUAUUUUGAUGGUCAAAUCAGGGCGACGAAGCUGCCUGCCGGUUCUUC